AACAGUUAUAACAGUAUCUGAAAGCAUUAGUCUUCACAAAUAUUUGACUCCUUCGUCACAGUUGGAAAAGUUUCAAAGUAGACACACAAACACAACAUGAUGCAUAUGAAUAGGGCUCUUUGUUUGAACGAUGUUCCCAACCAUAUAUCCUAAAUAAAUCACCCUUCUUCUCCAUAUAAAUAACUCAUCAUGGAUUCAAUCUUUUCUCAUCCCACAAUUGUCUGUGUCACCUAAGAAAGCUAAGUAGGCAAGCAAUGGCAUCCACCAGAACUACCACACUAGUGUUGUUCAUUAUUUGCUUGAUCUUUAUACAAGAGUUGGAGAUCCAUGGGUUGGAGAUCCAUGGUGGAACUCAGGACAUGGCAGCAGCUCACCAACAUAUAGAUUGUGGGAGAAAGUGCGGGUACAGAUGCAGUAAGGCAGGAAGGCCAAAAAUAUGCAUGAGGGCAUGCAAGACGUGCUGCCAGAGGUGUAAUUGCGUGCCACCUGGCACCGCCGGCAACCAAAACGCCUGUCCUUGUUACGCCUCUCUCACCACCCAUGGAGGAAAACUGAAGUGCCCUUGAAUGCGAAUCAUCAUUCAUGAGUUCAAUAUUCUUCUAUGUGCAAGCAUGCAGUUAUCAAGACAAUAAUAUAAUGCAAAGUUUACCGAAGGAAAAAACAAAUAAGGCUAGUUAAGCACAUAGCUCGUGGAUUACUCUUAAGAUCUGAUGAAAAAUUAAGUGGGUUAAUCGUCUUAAUCAUGACAGGGCAAGUAGAUGUAUGAGAAUAUGGUGAGAAGUUGAGGAGGACAUUGGUCCCAAGUUACAGUUUUAUUUUAUGUCGAUUGAUCAGCAUAAUGUUAUUGUAUUCGGCAUAAAGAAAAGUGUAAGUAACCAACAACAUUAAUCAACAAUGUGAACAAUAGAUAUAUUGGAUGUUUAUUUUACUAAGUGUACAGAUGGUUAUUCUAUUAUUUAAAUUUAGAUGGAUAAUUUGAAGGUGUA